AUGAAGCUUACGCUUGGUCUUGAGCACACCAGGUCUGGCUUCCACCUUCGUCUAUUAUCAAUGAACAUUUGUUCCUUUGUGACCCUGUAUCCUUUCUUAUGGAGAGCAAUUUCCAACAUGUUCACCACUGUAUCAUGCUGCCGCACUCUGCCACCGUUAGACAAAAUGCAGUGUUAUGUAAUAUGGCUGGCAGUUUCGCUUGCAGGAUACCCAGCUCUACAUUGGGUCGGCAUAAAGGCCCUACGUCCUCUGGAUAAUCUCACUCGGGUUGCAAGAGCAUUUAUGUGGGUUCUUACCGUUUGUAUGAAGGUCCGUCCGGCUACCGGAGCCGCGUAG